AUGGCUAGCACAGAGCUCUCUCAGAGUCUGCUGGAUAUCAUUUCCUCUCUUGCCCAGGAUGACAUCCCUUUUAAGCUACGCUGCGCUAUUUGCAAUAAACUAGCAAUAAAUGCGUUUCGCCUACCAUGUUGCGAUCAGGCAAUAUGCGAGAGCUGCCAGACAUCACUUCCUGAUAGCUGUCCAGUCUGCGACCACAAUCCCGUCUCGCCUGAUCUCUGCAAACCGAAUAAAGCGCUUCGCACUACGUUAAAGGCUUUUCUGCGAACAGAAGAAAAGAAGCGCGAAAAAGAUCGAGCUUCCAUAACACCAGCCGUCUCCGUACCGUCUGCGCCUGUCACAAGCCUGGCAACUGAAGCUCAUGAUGAGUCGACAAACAAGGCUUCGGAUAAUGUUACUCAUACUGAAGCUGCACAGUCCGAAUCUGCACCGGUUAUUGCUGUCGAUGAACCUUCAAACGAUCAGCAGGAAAUUGUCACUAAAGUUCCAGUGUCAGCUCAGGAAAAUGAGGAGACGGCUGCUCCUACAGACGAGAACGAAGUUGAUAAUGCUGUCGCAAAUGACACGCCGGCCGACGUUGAAACCCCCGAAGAGAUCGCGCAGUCGGAUACAGCCGUCCUCAAUGAAUCUAAUCAAGUGUUUCCUAAUGCGGGAUUUGGUAUGGCGCCAGGUAUGAUGCCAUCCAUGGGCUGGAGCGGACAGGGUUUUAGCGCAAUAUCACAGUUUAUGCCGAAUGCGAUGGGCAACUUUCAAAACCCCAUGGGAUUGCCUGGAAUGGGUCCAAUGGCUGCAGCUCAGGGAAUGUUCGGGGGCUAUGGUAUGAACAUGAAUAACAUGAGCAAUGGCAUGAAUAUGGGUUUUGGUGCAGAACAGCAGAUGUAUAACAAUUGGGACAACUCUCAUAACAAUAUGUACAAUCCAACUGCGUACUCGAAUGGUAUGGGCCAAAAUUAUGGUACCUCUGGAUAUGCUGGCUACAUGUCCCAACACAACGGGAAUUAUUCUCAAAUGCAGCAGUACCCUAACCAAAAUUACCAUAAUGGCUACUAUGGAAACGGACCCGGCUAUAUGAGAGGCAUGGGAAGAGGCCGCGGCCGUGGUUAUUACCGUGGUCGUGGUGGAUACGAUGGGCAUGUGCAUGCUAACUACUAUCAACAAAAUAGUGUAUCUCAGGGGACUGUGAACAACACCGCAGCAGAAACAACCGAGGAUGAUCCUAAAACAUUUAACGAUGAGCUAGCCCCCGGUGGCGAGAGUGGCUUAGCAGAGGACCCUCUCAAAGAUAGCACUACUCUAUUAACAGGGCCUGAUGACGGGGAAAGCUCCGGCCUUGCUAACCCUCUUGACCGUACUGAUAAACCAUCGGAUUCUAACAAUCCCGAGCAAGCAGCUAAACUUGAAAGCUCUCCGUCUCAUUUACAAGGUAUUCCUACUAUUGACAUUAUCGAUAGCGCACCGUCGCAACCUAAGGGUUACUCCAGAGGGCCAUUCCCCGUCAUGGAUCAAGGAUAUGGCCGUGGUAGAGGUUACAAUCGAGGAGGGUUCAUAUCUCACCGCGGUGGUUUCCACAAUGCCAACAACAUCCAGGGACCACCCGCUGGGCAGGGCGUUGUCGGAGCUCCGGUAGCACCACGAGCUAUGCGUGAAGGUCUUCCGAAUACCAGUACCAGGGGCCGGUCACUUGGUAGUUCGGGGCGAACUGCGUUAAAUGCAGGAAAUGACUCCCACAGUCUCGCCAGCGCAACUCCAACGACAAUGCAGGAAAAUGUGCCUCCGCAGUCUCCGUCUGUACCCGAGCCCAAAUCGUGUUCUCCUUCGCCAUCUAAAGAGGACUAUCAGAGUGGGUCACGGGCACAAUCACCAAUACCAAAAGAGUCUCGUCACUAUCGCGACCACCGACGAGACCGCUCUGAAUCCGCUUAUGGUAGUGGUGAUGAUAGAGAGACGCGAAAGGACCGUCAGCGACGGUCUCGUCGUGAGGACAGAGAAGACCGUUCACUUUCGCGCUCACCCUCUCAAAUAGAGGACUCGCGCCGCUCAAGCCAUCGCCCUGAUAAGGACCGGGAUCGUAAAUCGAGUCACCGGUCUUACCGGUCGCGACGCCAUCGCAGCCGCAGUGACAGUCGACAUCGUGGUCGUGACUCGGCUUUGGAAGCCGAUGGCGCCGACAAAUAUGACCUCGCAAGUCGGAUUGCUAAUGCUCAGCGGUUAAGCAAAGGUACCUCCAGUCAUCGCCGUGAAAGCAAGGCUCGCAAACGGGAUCACCAAGACCGCGACAAUGAUCGUGACUAUGAUCGAGACCGAGAUCGAGAACGCCGGCGCGACCGGGAAAGAGAAAAGCAUCGCGAUAAAAGGCACGAGCGAGACCGCGAAAAGGAUCGCAAACGUUCUCGUCGCGAUCGUUCACCGUCGCAAGACGAUAGUGACUCUUCUCGUCGCCAGUCCCGUCGUUCUAAGCGCAGCCAUCGUGAUGAUUACGACAAUGAGAGAGAAAGAGACCGCCCAAGUACAAAGCCUGGGGGGGUGCCAUCGAAAAAAGAUCCACAUACGUUAGAGCGCGAGGCUCGUAAUCGUGAGCGGAUGGUGAAGGAACAGCAGCGCCGUGAUGCAAUGACAACAGACCGCGAUAGCAAGAGCUCUCGCCGCCAGCAUGAACGUAAUCUGACUGGUGGACGCAGGCUGAAUUACAAGUACGAAGGCGAUGAUGAUGACAUGUCUCGGAUAGAGGAAGAGCGUGAGGCAAGUCGAUGGGCAUGA